GCAGACUGGGCCACUCCUCCUCCUCUCAGACGGCUCGCCUCCUCGCAGCAGGGACGACGAAGAGGAGAAGCAUCACCUCGUCUUCCUCUCAGUGCAGCAUCAGCAGCACUUUCUCAGGAUUGUCCUCCUGCUUUCUGUCUUUUUUUUUUUUUUGGGAUGUUUAUUGUUUGAAUUCCCAAACUCAUCCUCACCAUCAUCGUCAUCGCUGUCCUCCUCUUCCCUUUGAUCAUCAUCAUCAUCAUCAUCAUCUGAAACAUCUUUAAAGCCCCAGCAUGUAUCUGGAGAACCAAGCGGAGGUGGAGAUGUCUCCGGCGUCGGCUCAGGGCUUCGGGGAGCUGCGUCUGCUGCAGGGCAUCUCGGAGGGGAGAGACGCUCAGAAGCCGUCGGGCUGCGUCCUCCACGCCGACGGCUUCGUCCGGCCGGACGACGGGUUCGUGGUGAACAUCUUCAGAGGGAAACCGGCCUCGUCCAGCCUGACGGAGAGGUCGCCUCUGCUGAGAUUCUCUCAAGACGACGGCAUGACCUACAUGACCCUACAUGACCCCGGCUUCGUCGGGGGGGAGGAGCCUUGGGACGGCGGCUCGCUGGACCUGGAGAGGAGGUACCGGCUGGGCAGCGAGGUCACCAGUCUGUCCGCCUCCCCGUCCAGCUCUUUGGAGAAGAGCGACCCGCUGGACAGCCUCAACCUCAGCCCCCGUUUCACCAGCAGCGUGAAGUGCUGCUUCAGAGUUUCUAAAAUUGCCACAAUGUUUACUAUCGUUGUCCUCUGCAGCCUCUUCUUCAGCAUGUACCCCGACAGAGACAACCCCACCAGGCUGCUGGCCGUGUCCCCCUCAGACAGCUUCUCCGUCAACCUGACGGACUUCCGAGACAACGCUCUGCUCAAGCUGCAGGUGGGCGGGCCCUUCACCCGCGGCAAGGUGGACCUCCAAGACCAGGACUACAUCCUGGUCCAGGUGGAGCAGACGGAGCAGGCGGGGCAGCGGAGGAGGAGGACUCAGCAGGUGAUCUAUAACUGGAGCAUCCCUCUGCACGCGGAACGCAGCGACCAGAUCCUGCUGACCAAAACCUUUGAGAUGCUCAGCAGUGACCCCAUCGUCAUCACGUUCCAGGCCUUCCUGCCGGACAACGAGGUGGUGCCGCUGUCCAUGACCCACCAGUCGCUCUACGUCACCGUGGAGACGCAGGUGGCCAUCGCUGCGGUCAUCCUGACCGGCGUCUACGUGCUCAUCAUCUUCGAGGUGGUGCAUCGCACUCUGGCCGCCAUGCUGGGAUCUCUGGCAGCUUUGGCCGCUCUGGCCAUCAUCGGAGAUCGGCCCAGCCUGGUCACCGUGGUCGAGUGGAUCGACUACGAGACGCUGGCUCUUCUCUUUGGCAUGAUGGUGCUGGUGGCCAUCUUCUCAGAGACGGGCUUCUUUGAUUACUGCGCCGUGAAGGCCUACCAGCUGUCCAGAGGAAAAGUGUGGCCGAUGAUCUUCAUCCUCUGCCUCAUCGCCGCCAUCCUCUCGGCCUUCCUGGACAACGUGACCACGAUGAUGCUCUUCACCCCGGUCACCAUCAGGUUGUGCGAGGUGCUUAAUCUGGACCCCCGGCACGUCCUGAUCGCAGAAGUGAUCUUCACCAACAUCGGAGGCGCCGCCACAGCGGUGGGAGACCCGCCCAACGUGAUCAUAGUGUCCAACCAGGACCUGCGCAAAGAGGGGAUCGACUUUGCCAGUUUCACCGGCUACAUGUUCCUGGGGAUAUGCCUCGUCCUCCUCACCUCCUUCCCCUUCCUGCGGCUGCUCUACUGGAACAAAAAGCUCUACAACAAAGAGUCCAUUGAAAUCGUCGAACUCAAGCACGAGAUUCUGGUCUGGAGGCAGACGGCUCAGCGCAUCAACCCCGCCAGCCGAGAGGAGACGGCUGUGAAGUGCCUCCUGAUGCAAAAGGUCUUCAACCUGGAGAGUCUGCUCCGCAAGAUGAUGAAGACCUUCCACAGUCAAAUUUCUCAAGAGGACAAGAACUGGGAGCAAAACAUCCAGGAACUGCAGAAGAAGCACAGGAUAACCGACACGGUGCUGCUGGUGAAGUGCGUGUCCGUCCUCGCUGUGGUCAUCUUCAUGUUCUUUCUCAACUCCUUCGUCCCCAGCAUUCAUCUGGAGCUCGGCUGGAUCGCUAUCCUCGGUGCCCUCUGGCUCCUGGUUCUGGCCGACAUCCAGGAUUUCGAGAUCAUCUUGCAUCGGGUGGAGUGGGCCACGUUGCUCUUCUUCGCCGGCCUCUUCGUCUUGAUGGAGGCUUUAGCCCAGCUGCAGCUCAUCGACUACGUCGGAGAACAGACAGCGCUGCUUAUUAAAGCGGUGCCAGAGGACCAGCGCUUGGCCAUAGCCAUCAUCCUGGUCAUGUGGGUCUCGGCUCUGGCGUCUUCUCUCAUCGACAACAUUCCCUUCACUGCCACCAUGAUUCCAGUUCUCAUCAACCUGAGUCAGGACGCGGACGUGAACCUACCGGUGAAACCUCUCAUCUACGCCUUGGCCAUGGGGGCCUGUCUCGGGGGGAACGGCACGUUGAUCGGAGCCUCGGCCAACGUGGUGUGCGCCGGCAUCGCCGAGCAGCACGGCUACGGCUUCUCCUUCAUCGAGUUCUUCAGGUUAGGAUUCCCAAUGAUGAUCAUGACCUGCAUGAUCGGCAUGUGCUACCUGCUGGCCACCCACAUCGGACUUGGCUGGAACAUGUGAUCCAUCCAAGGAGACGUUUGCCCCGCUGUAAAUUUUAAAUGUCAAUACAUGUUACCCCCAACGAUCAGAUCACAGGGGGACUUAAUGGUGCACAGCGGCCAUCAUUUGGGGGAAAGAAACGACUAAAACGCAAAAAAACAGCAACAGGGACCAGAGCAACGGGAGCUUUGAGCAGAACUCUGAGCCCGAUGUCCAGAAAAGUCACAAAAGUCUUUUUGUCCUCACAAGAGUUGAUCCAAGGGAAGUCUCCCCGAAAAGGUCCCAGUCCGUAACGCUGUUCAUGGUGCUACUGGUGGCCUCUACUGGUGUGACUGGUGUUAUUCCAGGUGGUACCUCUGGUCUCACCCGUUUGACAAUCACAUCUGUUUACAAAUGUUUUCCUGAUGAAUCGUAUGACUCUGACUUGAUUUCGGAGGACACCUGUCACUCACAAGCGUUUCCCUCACUGUGACAUUUUAAAGGAACCGCAGUAUCCAGUGAAAGGGAUUUCAUCUUUAAAUGUUAAUGUUAAUGUGUUUUCCUGAGAUUCCCAAAUUUUCCCCCUGAAUGAAAAGCGUCAAUCAGACUGAAGCGCAGUGAUUAAAUAAGACAGAUGUAGAUUGUUCUAUAAAUGUAAUAUAUUAACAAUUGUACUAUGUACACAAUGAUGGCAUGUAAACGCAAUGAUUUUUACCACAUUUAGUGUAGAAGAUGCUGAGACGUGGAAUGGAUUAAUAUCACCUGUAUUUAUUGUACAGGUGCGCUGAGCAUCAUUUAUAAUUCACGUGAACAUGAACAAUAACGGUUGUGAUGUUUCUGCUUUCGCUCAGUUUCACCUUUUCCUUUAAGAACAUUUGGUACCACUUUCUACUUAAUAAAAGCUUCAAAAGAUG